AUGGAGAAGGUAGAUAUUCGGGUGAAAGAUUACUUGGAAUUAGCUGGAUACGAAAAGUGGGGUAUGUUGUAUACACCUGUUAACCAAGGAUGGACUAUGACAUCAAAUAUUGCUGAGUCAAUCAAUUCGGCACUUAUAUCAACAAGAGAAUUACCAAUCUAUGAUUUUCUAGAAGAAGUUAGGAAGAUGUUUGGUUGCUGGAAUUGCAACAAUAAAAAAGAUGCUAUAUACACGUUCACAAUACUUGGGAAAAAAUAUCAAGAGAUUAUAACAUUGAAUAAGACUCUGUCUACACAUAUGACUGUUAUACCAUCAACUGAACACUUGUACAUGGUGAAUGAUGAAGAAAGGCAUUACACCGUUUGCAUCCAAAAGAAAAUUUGCAGUUGUGGGAGGUUCCAAGUGGACGAGUUACCAUAUUCACAUGCUUGGACUGUCUUGAAGAGCAACUUUCUAAUGCCGAACGAUUAUUGCUCGGACUAUUACAAAUCAAUGACUGUUGUAACGACAUACGAAGUCCCUGUGUAUCCUCUCCCUGACCGAAAUGAAUAG